AUGUGUGCUCACAGUCACAGUGGAAUUCCCUUCGUUAUUCAGAAUCGCACCGCGCAGCCUUGGGUGAGCCUCAACGGGCCCGCUGUUCAUGAAACCCUCGCGUCGACAUCCACCUCACUCUGCUCCAGCAGUAGUAGUAACUCCGGGAGGUACUGGUACGAGGAGAUCGAGCACAACGGCGAAUCAUCGUUCCUUGACUCCGGACACAAAGAAUCGUACAAAGUGUUUCGCAAUGUGGUGGAAGACUACGGCGCCGACAAUACAGGUCGGAAGGACGCGUCCGCUGCCAUCCAGGCCGCAAUCCAGGCCGGUCCAUCGAACGGGCCUGAUCGUGCAUCGCACUCAAUGGGCACCACCGGACAACCCGCCAUCGUCUACCUACCGGGUGGAACCUACCUCCUUCAGAGCUCCCUGCAGUUCUUCGUUGGCACCGUCCUGAUCGGAGACCCGACCAAUCCCCCCGUGCUGAAAGCCGCGGCCAACUUUCCAGACGACCACAUCAUCUACGCCAAGGACCCCAAUUUCGGCGGCACCAUCAAUUUCUACAUCGGGAUGAAGAACGUUGUGCUCGACUCGACGGCCGUGGGGUAUGACAAGAACAUCGCGCUGCUCGACUGGACCGUGAGCCAGGCGACUCAGUUGACCAACGUCGGGUUCAACAUGCCGACGGGGACCGCAACUCAUGUCGGUCUGACGACCCAAUAUGACUAUAACAGCAAUCUGAUCAUGAACGACCUCUGGUUCAAAGGCGGUGCGGUGGGAAUGAAGCUCAAUGGACAACAGUGGGUGUUCAAGAACCUCAGUUUCGUGGGGACCACCACCGGCGUGAUCGCGGGGGGCACGGACAUCACCUUCAUGGGAUGCCACUUCGAGCAAUGCCAGACCGGAAUCGACGCGCACGGAACAUCGGGAUCCUUAACCGUCAUCGACACCAGUGCGAUCAGCGUCGGCACCUUCAUUACCUCGGGCACCUCGAACACCGCCGGCAACUCGAUCGUGCUGGAGAACAUCAGCAACUACGGUAACACGGUCAAGAUCGGCAACACGAUUGUGCUGAGUGGAGGCGUGUCGGACACCUGGGUACAUGGACACUUGUAUACGGCGGGAUCAAACCAGAUGCAAAGCACGAAUGGGCAGCUCGUCACCACCGUGCGUGCCUCGCCUCUGCUGUCAGGAAACAAGUACUUCACCAAGGCACCUCCGACGUAUCAGGAGUACAGCGCCAGUCAGGUCCUGAACAUCAAGAACGUCCCUGACAAGCCGGUGUACGGAGACGGAGACACGGACGACACGCACAACAUCAAUGCCAUUCUUUCGAGCAACAAGGACUGCAAAGUCAUCUACUUCCCGGCCGGCACCUACAUCGUCACCGACACCAUCCUCAUCCCCAGCGGCAGCCGGAUUAUCGGCGACUCGUUCGCGUCGAUGAUCAGUGCGGUAGGCAGCAACUUUGAGAGCGAAGCCUCUCCUCGGGCGAUGAUCCAAGUGGGAUACCCCGGGGAUGUCGGUGUAGCCCAAAUCAGCGACCUGGUGUUCACGGUGGCCGACAUCCUGCCGGGUUGUCAACUCGUCGAAGUGAACAUCGCCGGCAAGAACGCAGGGGACGUAGGGUUCUGGAACGCGCAUUUCCGGAUCGGCGGGGCGGUAGGCAGCCAGGUGGAGACGCAGUGCAGCGGGCGGGCGGAGGACUGCAAGGCGGCGUACGGACUGAUACACCUGAGCAGCACGUCGUCGGCGUACAUCGAGAACAUGUGGGGGUGGACGGCGGACCACGACCUGGACGGGGACAACGCGCAGACGAUCUCGACGGGCCGCGGGAUGCUGGUGGAGGCGACGGCGGCGACCUGGCUGAUCGGCACGGGCAUGGAGCACAACACGCUGUACCAGUACAACUUCGAGUACGCGCGCAACGUCUUCUCGGCGCUGCAGCAGAGCGAGUCGCCCUACUGGCAGGGCGUCGGGAACACGCUGGCCCCGGCCCCCUGGCACGAGCAUCUGAUCAGCAGCGACCCGGACUUCUCGGGCUGCGACCCCGACGACGCGAUCUGCCGCAUGGCCCUCUUCGAGCGCAUCCGCGGCUCCUCCGAUCUGUUCCUGUACGGCGGCUGCAACUGGGUCUUCUUCAAUGAUAACGGCGACUGCAAGGCUGGCGAUUGUCAGAAGAACGCCAUCCAGAUCGAGAGCUCCUCGUCCAUCUACCUGUAUGGCACUAACACCAAGAGUACCACCAACAUGGUCCUCGAGGGCAAUGUGCCCGUCGCCCGUCAGAGUGAGAAUGCCGGCGGUUGGGGUGGCGUGAUUGCCGCUUACCUGUAUGAUUCGUGA